AUGGAUACCUUCACCUUUGCAAGUGCCUCAGAGGUCAAGACCAGUGUCAGCAUCAAGGUAGGCCGUCUCGAGGGCCACGAGAAAGCCUUACCAUACUCGACCCUCCUCCGCGAGCCUGAAUUGCGCCAUCGGGGCUCUAAUCUGAGUCCGACCUCCGAGCUCUAUGUCACCGCCCAAGUCUUUGCUGACAGCAAGCCUUUGACUGUACACGCCCAGACCCCAUACAAAAAUUUCAAGAAUGCUCGUGCUUGGAAUGAGUGGCUCCAUCUACCCAUCGAUUACGCCCUGCUCCCACUCAAUGCUCAGCUCGCAAUCACCGUCUGGGACUUGCAGAAGUGCCGCCUGUGGAGAAACAAGCAGGCCGAUGCUUUCUCCGAUUCAACUACUCCAUGGGCUCCGUCUACCAAGCGUCGCCGCCGCAGCCACGAGAACCUCCAACUCUUUGCCGACGACAAGCAUAGUCAAAGGGCUGCUGAACUGGAACGAUUACAAGGACUCUUGAAGAAGCAUGAGAUGGGUGAAUUGUCUGAGCACAAAUGGUUAGAUCAGAUGGUCUUUCGCCAGAUUGAGCGAAUGGAGCGAGCCAACAUUCGUGACGACUCUAAGAUACACGCCCAGCCAACCCUUCAGAACGGUACCAAUGGUCAUGCACAAGACGACUCUUCAAUCUUCUAUCUCUACAUCGAGUUUCCCCGGUUUGACCACCCUGUUGUGUUCACCGACCACGAAUAUCCUCCGCCUCCAGUCUCGAGUGCCCGCGUACGUACCGCUCCAGGCUCCGAUGUCCGUCUGAAACCUCCACCCGAGAUCCACGUUGGCCCUGGCAUCGACUCGAAAAAUCCAGGGUACGGCGAUGCUCACGCGCCUCAUCUGAUACGCAUCUACGACCCUGAAGUCGGUUUUUAUGACAACCCUGCUGAAAUCAAGCACCGCAGCCUGGUGCGAAAUCAACGCAUCGGUAUGCUUGAUCGACAUCUCAAGCCUAAUCCGAAGACUCGAGACCAGCUCAACCACAUACUGUCAUAUGGUCCUACUACUGACCUCAGCGCUGAAGAAAGAGACAAGGUCUUCAAGUUCAGGCACUAUCUGACCCGUGACAAACGCGCACUUACCAAGCUGAUCAAGUCGACUUCCUGGAACGAUGCAAACGAGGUGCGUCAAGUCAUUCAACUACUCCCUAAGUGGGAAGAGAUUGACAUCGACGACGCCCUCGAACUACUCGGUCCGUCAUUCGACAACAAAGAAGUUCGUGCUUACGCCGUUGAUCGCUUGCGAAAGGCAGGAGACGAAGAACUGCUCCUAUAUCUCCUACAACUGGUCCAGGCUUUGAAGUUCGAGCCUGAGGUCAAAUCAAACGCAAACUUCGAUCAGUACGACUCAUCUCUAGCCAGCUUCCUCGUUGCUCGUUCCGCCGCCAAUAUCUUCCUCGGCAACUACUUACAUUGGUACCUUAUGGUCGAGUUGGACGAAAGCUCGAAUGAUGCACAAGCAGCCACUUUCAAGAAGCUAUAUGCCCGUGUAUCGUACGACUUCAUGCAGGAACUUGAGAAAACACCUGAAGGUCAAGCGCGUCGCAAAACUCUGCUGCGUCAGGGAGAAUUCAUCACUGUGUUGUCUCAACUUUGCGAGGAUGCUCGAAACAAGAAUGUUGAUCGCAUACGCAAGGUUGAGAAGCUCAAGAAAGCUCUUAUGGACCCUAAGAAUGAUCUUGUCAAGAUCGAUCCACCUCUUCCUCUGCCCCUCGAUCCCAACGUAGAGAUCGUGGGCGCUGUACCGGACAAUGUGAAUGUCUUCAAAUCGACGCUGUCCCCACUACUCCUCCAUUUCAGAACCACCAAAGGAGAUAUUUAUCCAUUCAUUUUCAAAGUUGGCGACAACUUGCGUCAAGAUCAACUUGUCAUCCAGAUCAUUACUCUGAUGGACCAACUAUUAUUGAAAGAGAACCUCAACCUCCAGCUGUCACCAUACCGCAUUCUCGCGACUGGCGCGCUUGCUGGUGCAGUUCAGUUCGUCUCGUCCAAUCCACUCUCCACAAUUUUGGGAAAUGCUAAAUACAACAAUUCUAUCCUUGGCUACCUUCGCGAGCACAACCCAGAUGGUGCAGCUCCCAUGGGUGUCCGCAAAGAAGUGAUGGACACCUAUGUCAAGUCUUUGGCUGGCUACUGCGUGAUCACGUACCUGCUGGGUGUGGGCGAUCGUCACAUGGAUAACCUGCUUCUUGCUCCAGACGGCCACUUCUUCCACGCCGACUUUGGCUACAUUCUAGGUCGCGAUCCUAAACCUUUGGCGCCCAGCAUGAGGCUUAGUGUCGAGAUGAUCGACGGGUUAGGUGGUAGUCCUGACCGAAACCCGAGCAAUCCUGACAGUAGGUUCGGUGAAUUCAAGCAGUACUGCUUCACUGCCUUUACCACGCUGCGUCGCUCGUCAAACCUCAUUCUCAACCUCUUCGCGCUCAUGCAGGAUGCCAACAUUCCUGACAUCAAGCUCGCUGGUGACCAGGCCGUCAAGAAGGUUGAAGAGAGAUUCUGUCUGCAACUCAGUGAAGAAGAAGCCAUCACCUUCUUUGACAAUCUCAUCAGCAGGUCGUUCGAAGCAUGGGGUCCAGUACUCAUUGACGGUAUUCAUGACUUUAUGCAACGCAUAAAGGCUUAA